UGCUGGUGUGGAAAGUAGCGGUCGUGUGAUUGUGUUUUUUUGUAGAUCAACAGCAGGUCUUUUGAUAACUUGAACGGAUCGUUUAACAUAACAAAAUAUCAACAAAGUGACAAUUUAAAAAAAGUUUUUUUUGUUAAAUAAAAAAUAUUAAUAUAAAUAAUAGAAUAUUUAAGAGUAGCUAAAUUGUCAGUGCAAUAUGAUGUCGCGUAAUAUUCUAGCCCAUUCCAGCCGCUUGAUACGUCCAGGACGCCAGCCAUCUCGCCGCACGUCAACUUUAAACUCCAAAGCCGCACCGGCCACAGUGACAGUGCUGCAAAAUGAAAUGCCUGAUUGUGAUCAUAAGCCGCCCACAUAUAAGGGACCCAGUUAUGAAAACAUCACGGAACUGAGGAGGAAUCAUUUGACACCCAAUAUACAAUCCUACUACAAGAAGCCUUUGCUGAUCAGCAGUGGUCAUAUGCAAUGGUUGUACGAUCAUGAUGGCAAUCGUUAUUUGGAUAUGUUUGGAGGUAUUGUGACCGUGUCCGUGGGUCAUUGUCAUCCAAAAGUCAACAAAGCCCUGGAGCAGCAAAUCAAGACCCUGUGGCACACCACCAACAUUUAUAUGCAUCCCAAAAUCCAUGAAUAUGCCCAAAAAUUGACAGCCAAAUUCCCUGGAAAUUUGAAGGCAGUUUGUUUUGUCAAUUCCGGCUCGGAGGCGAAUGACUUGGCCAUGCUCAUGGCCCGUCUACAUACCGGCAAUCAGGAUAUUCUAACCCUGCGCAAUUGUUAUCAUGGUAUGUCACCGUAUACCAUGGGAUUGACAGCCCAUUCAACAUGGCGUUUCCCCCUGGCCGGGGUAUCCAAUGGCAUACAUCAUGUCAUGAAUCCUGAUCCUUAUACCGGCAUAUGGGGUGGGGCCAAUUGUCGUGACUCUCCCAUACAAACAGAUCGGAAAUGUGAUUGUUCCGUGGAGACGGGAUGUAAGGCAACGGAUAUGUAUUACAAUGAAUUGGAGCAGACAUUUAAAUAUUCUCUGCCACGGGGAAAAGUGGCUGCCAUGUUUGCCGAAUCGAUUCAGGGUGUGGGUGGCACUGUACAAUUCCCCAAGGGUUAUAUUAAAAAGGCAGCUGAAUUGGUUCGGGCCAAUGGUGGAGUUUUUGUGGCGGAUGAGGUGCAAACCGGUUUUGGUCGUACCGGUGAUCAUUUCUGGGGUUUUGAGGGUCAUGGAAUUGUGCCAGAUAUUGUGACCAUGGCCAAGGGAAUUGGCAAUGGAUUCCCCAUGGCUGCCGUGGUAACCACUCCCGAAAUAGCCAAGUCCCUGGGCAUGGCCUUGCAUUUCAACACCUAUGGCGGUAAUCCCAUGGCCAGUGCUGUGGGUAUUGCCGUGCUCGAUGUCAUUGAAGAGGAACAGCUGCAAAAGAACUCCCUGGAAGUGGGUACCUAUUUCCUCAACAAAUUGGCCGAACUGAGGGAUAGCUACGAAAUUGUGGGUGAUGUUCGUGGCAAGGGGCUCAUGAUUGGUCUGGAAUUGGUUAGCGAUCGUAAAACCAAGGCACCGCUAGGAGUACCACAUGUCCUGGAGAUAUGGGAACAAUGCAAAGAUAUGGGUGUUCUCUUUGGUCGUGGAGGUCUCAACGGAAAUAUUAUGUGUCUAAAACCGCCCAUGUGCAUCACGAAAAACGAUGUUGAUUUUGCCGUUGGUGUUUUCGAAACUAUUUUAUCGAAUCAUUAUCUGAAAGAGCCACGAAAUUGGAGACAAUAUGAGAGGAAAUAAACAAAAAAACACAGUUUGAGUUAUAUAUUCGUAUUUUUUUUAAAUUUAUUUUUAUAGCAAUAUAUCUUCUUUAUCACACACACUAAUUUUAUGACAAUUUUUUCCAAUAACAACAAAUCACAUACCUUGUUUUUUUGUUUGUGACACAUUGUAUUUAUUUUUUAUUUCGUUUUUUAUUAUGCUUUUUGUGUCUGCUGUGUGUUGUUUUGUAUAUUUAAAAAAUAAGCUUAAUAUUUUUUGUUUUUAUAAAUAAAUGACAAAUUUUUACUCUA